UGAUUUCCUAUGUAAAUUGUAUUAAUGUAAAAAACAUUCAAACAUUAAGAAGUAUAUAUUUAUUAUAUUAUCUGUAAAAAGGCAUAAACAUAAAUAGUUGAACAGGUAUGGUUUAAUUAAAUAACAAGAGUCGAGCCAUAUUACCGAGCCGGCUUAGCCGCUUAGGUACCGGUUUAUAACUUCACUGUACGUGACAAGCUACUCUGAAAAGGAAAUCCCAAAAUAAAUAAAACCAGAACCCCCCAAUCCCCUCAACUCUGAAAUAGAACAACCAGAGAGGCUUUAAUGUCUACCCAUUCCUUCUGAAAACACACACACACACACACUCUUAUCUCUUUCCUUUCUUCCUCAUUUUGCUUCCUUAGAAACCUCCCCCUCUGUCAAUUUCCUAGUUUUACUCCCCGUUGCUCAGAUCUGUAAACACCUAACAAAUUCCAUUUUGGUUUUCUGGAUUUUCUUUGUUUUUGCCGGAAGUUAUGAGUAAAGAAGAGUUCUUGAAGAUUCAGACUUGUGCCCUGAAAGUGAACAUUCACUGUGAUGGUUGUAAGCGAAAAGUGAAGAAAACGCUUCAGAAAAUUGAUGGUGUUUACACCGUCAGUAUAGAUUCAGAACAAGGGAAGGUGACGGUAUCAGGAAAUGUUGAUCCGGCGACACUCCUCAAGAAGCUUGCAAAAGGUGGGAAGAAUGCAGAGAUUUGGGGUGCUCCGAAGCCAAAUCAACAGGUCAAUAAUCAGUUUAAGAACAUGCAGAUCGACGGUGGUAAAGGCGGCGGCGGAAAUAACAAAAACCAGGGACAGAAAGGGGGUGGAAACAACCAGCAUCAGCAGCAGGGGAAAGGAGGGCAACAACAACAGAAGCAAGUUGGCGGUGGCGGUGGUGGGGGUGGGGGUGGGGGUGGUGGCGGUGGCCCGACACCGCAACAGAUACAACAGCUUAAGCAACUCCAACAGUUAAAAGGGUUCCAAGAUCUGAAGUUGCCGCCUCAAUUUAAAGACAUGAAGUUGCCAGGUUUUGGUAAUGGCGGUGGCGGCGGGAAGGAUGCACCCAAGUCUGUCAAGUUUAAGGUGCCGGAGAGUGAGGAUGAGUAUGAUGAUGAUGAUGAUGAGUUCGAUGAUGAUGAUGAUUACUAUGAUGAUGACGACGACGAGUUUGAUGAUGAAAUUGAUGAUAUUCCGAUGAAGAAGCCAGUGAUGCUGGGUGGUGGUGGUGGUGGUUCUCAGAUGGCUAAUAUGAUGAUGAACCCACAGUUCAUGAAAGGCGGGCAGAUGCCACAGCAGUUGAUGAAGGGUGCUCCUCAAAUGGGAAAUAAUGGUGGAAAUGGUGGGAAGAAAGGAGGUGGCGGGAACAUUCCUGUACAGGUGAAUGGUGGUGGAAAGAAAGGUGGUGGGGGUGGUGGUGGGGGUGGGGGUUCGAAUAAUAAUGGAGGCAAUCAAAACCACGGUGGUGGUGGUGGUGGUCAAAAUAAAAACGGUGGAGGAGGCGGGAAUGGUGGUGUUAACAUGAGCGUUAAUGACGGAAAGAAAGGUGGGAUGAAUGAUAGUUUACAAGGCAUGCGAAACAUGAUGAGUAUGAGUGGAGGUGGUGGUAUGGGGCCCAUGGGACAGAUGGGUCAAAUGGGUGCGGUUCAAGGACUUCCAGCUAGUGCAGCCAUGAAUGGUGGUGGUGGUGGUGGUUAUUUCCAAGGUGGAGGAGGUGAAGCCAUGGCCGGAAACCCGCACUACCAGCAGCAGUUAGCGGCGGCAAUGAUGAGCCAACAACGAGCAAACGGGAACGAAAGGUUUCAGCCCAUGAUGUAUGCCCGCCCACCACCGGCGGUCAACUAUAUGCAGCCACCCUAUCCACAUUACCCCUAUCCUCAACCACCACAAGGUGAUCCUCUUGGACACUAUUUCGAUGAUGAGAAUACUUCUAGUUGCAAUGUCAUGUAG